AUGAAGCUCCAAGCAGUCCUGUUGGUGGCUCUUCUCGGCCUCACCACUGCGGACCCGACUUGGCCCGCUGAUACGGAUGAGCUCGAAGAGAUUAUGUUCCAGACGACGAGCACUCGCUCCCGCAAGUUUGCUGAUUCCGUCUCCCCCUGCACCAACCAGGCAUCCGGCCCCGGCCGUCACAACGCUGCCGAGUGGCUCCGCACCGCUUUUCAUGACAUGGCCACCGCCAACACGGCCCGCGGUACUGGCGGUAUCGACGCUUCCCUCCAGUACGAGCUCAACAACGGCGAGAACACUGGUCCCGGGUUCGGCACGACCCUCACCUUCAUGAGCCCCUACAUGACCAAGAAGAGUUCCAUGGCCGACCUCAUUGCCCUCGGCGGUCUACAUAUCCGUAAGAGCGUGCGCGCCCCCGCCGUUCCCUUCCGCGCCGGCAGGAGAGAUGCCACGACCGCCGGGCCCGUGGGCGUACCACAACCGCAGAACGCCAUCAGUAUCUUCCGGACGCAGUUUGACCGCAUGGGCUUCUCGCCACAAGAGAUGAUUCAGGUGACCGCGUGUGGCCAUACCAUUGGCGGCGUGCACUCGGCCGAGUUUCCAGAUAUCAUUCCGGCGGGCACCGCAACGAACGGGCAGAUCCCCCUGGACUCGAGCGUCGCCAUCUUUGACAACAAGAUCGUCACCGAGUACCUCGAUGGCACGACCCAGAAUCCGCUCGUCGUGGGCCGCGCCGUCGGCCUCAACAAGCACUCCGACUUCAAGGUGUACAACUCGGAUCGCAAUGUCACCAUGCAGGCCAUGGCCUCGGCUGCCGCCUUCAACGACGUCUGCAAGACGGUGCUGCAAAAGAUGAUCGACGUCGUGCCUCCCAGCGUCACUCUAACGGCACCUCUGGAGCCGUACCAGGUCAAGCCCGUCGGCCUGCAGCUGACGCUCUCUACGCAAGGCACCGUCAUCGAGCUGACAGGGUUCAUCCGCAUCCGCACCACCAAUGUGCCACUUACCUCUAUUGCAGGUCUGACCAUCGAUUACAAGGCACGCAACGGCGGCAACGACUGCGGAUCAAGCGGCUGCUCAUUUCCUCUCACUGUCCAAGGCGUCGGCCGCGGCCUCGACGACUCGUUCGCGUGGUUUCCCAUCGCCCGCAAUGUACCGCUCGCUAGUGGCAUCUCGUCUUUCACCGUCACAGUCCGCCGCACCGAUGGCACAAACACAGUCUACGACAACAAUGGCGCCUCGUAUCCCAUCCAGGACGCCGUCUUUCUGCAACGCUAUCAGAGCUGCCUUCUGCAAUCGUCCGGCGUGACAACUCUCACAGCCGCAGUCCGCAACGACCGCGCUGAACUGCCCGUCCGCGCCAUCAUAUCUUACAGACAACCCAGACCCGGCAGCGUCGUACCUGCCCUCAAUACCCUGACGCUCGACCUGACCCGCGGCCCUUGCAUCGGCCCCUAUACACUAUUUUCGGUAUCGACCACCAUACCUGGCGGCCGGAGCGUUGAGGCUACUUUUGACAUUCUCAGCGGCGACCGCGUCGAUGCCUUCAAGAAGGCUAAUAUUCUCGGCGGGACAUGUCAGUCUCGGCCUGUCAGUAACGUCUGCAGCACACCAGCCAUUACCUCCGUCGUGCCUUCGGCCACCUCUACCACCAUGACGACAAUAUCCUCGCCCACGCCUUCGAUAUACCGCCGCCAAACGAUGGGCCCUUAUACCCUUGUCUCCUGCUGGUCCGAGCCUCCUGCCGCCCGCGCCCUGACUGGCGCCUCCUUCGCCUAUGACGGCAUGACUCUCGAGUCCUGCUUAUCCAACUGCACAGGCUUCAAUUACUGGGGUACUGAAUACGGCCGCGAGUGCUACUGCGGCGACGCCCUUCACUCUGGGAGCGCCGCGGCACCACUUGCGGACUGCGGCAUGCCUUGCUCCGGCGAUGGGACGCAAUACUGCGGAGGCGGCAACAGGAUCGAGCUUUACCGGACAACAGCCACAAAGACAAGCACGAGUACAACCGCCGCCCCUGAGCCGACGCGUGUGCCGAGUGUACGCGGAUUCGUGCGUGUGGGAUGUCAGACAGACAAUACGGGCGCCAGGGCUCUGAGUGGCGCCACGACAGCAGGAGAUGAUAUGACACUGGACAAGUGUGCUGCUUUCUGCUCCGCAUUCACCUACUUCGGCACGGAAUAUGGCAGAGAAUGUGAGUUGGUUCCCUUUGCCCACCGUCGCCGGAUCCACGUCUUGCUUUUGACCGAUCAAGAAUACUAA